AUGGUGCUGGACAUGGACAUCGAUGAGCUGUUAGUCAUCAGAGAUUCCGACUUGUUGAUUCAUCAAGUACAAGGUGAAUGGGCCACUAAAAUCGAAAAGAUCUUACCAUAUGUGAACUUGGCACAGAAAUUGUGCAAGAAGUUCAAAAAGAUUGAGUUUCCAUAUACGCCAAGAGCUCAUAACGAAUUUGCUGAUGCACUGGACACCAUAGCAUCAAUGAUCCAGCAUCCUAAAAGCAGUCACAUCGACCCACUAAGGAUAAGUCUAAAAGAAGAACAUGUCCGCUGUUGCCAGAUUGUGCUCCAGAGAUAUCUUUCAGACUGGGCUCCUGCGACUGAUGAGGCAACUGAGUUUACAGCAGGACUAGCUCAGCCAGAUAUUAUACCUCCACCAGUGUUGUCAGACGUUAUGGUUCGAGUGUUGAACAUGCUGAACGGGUUCAAAGAGUCAGGUGUGUUACCAGCCGUUCCAGGUGCUCCGGGUGCUAGAGUGGAUGAUCUAGCUUCAGGCGAAGUUCAUGCCCUAGAGUUACAGCAUGCUGUAGCUUUGGCUCCCCGCUUGGAUGAGGCUCUAGGACUUGGGGUAUUUCCUAGACCAGUGGGAGAAUUCUUUGGCACUGAGGUUAAGGAUUCUUAUGAGUUCAUCAUGGACUAUCAUGAGAGGCUCCAUAAGAUGGGGGCAAUGGAGAAGUAUGAUGUUGAGUUUGUGGCCUUCCAGCUCUUGGGUGAUGCCAAGUUAUGGUGGAGGGAUUUUGUAGAGUGCAAGCCAGUGGGAUCGUCUCCAUUGACAUUGACUCAGUUUUAUCAGGAGUUCUUAGACAAGUAUGUUUCUCGCAUCUUGAGAGAUUGGAGGCAUGAUGAGUUCAAUAAUAUUGAGCAGGGUAAUCUUUCUGUGGCUGCUUAUGAGGCUUGGUUCCAUUCAUUGUCUCGCUAUGCCCUCCAGCUUAUGCCUAUUGAGGAGGAGAGAGUUAGGAGAUUUGUGAAAAGGGUUGAACACUGCUCAUCAGUUGUCAGCUCUUCAGCUUGCAGCAUCAGGUGCUUCCUUUCAAAAAGUGGUGGAUCAUGUUAG